UUUUGCUGCUGCUUCUUGUGUUAUGUGUAUGUACAUUACUGUUUAUUGUGUUGUAGGCCAGGUUUUUCUUUACAUGCUGCAAUCAGAGAAAAAUAAACAUAUUAACAAUAGUCAGAAUACCCUCCUGGAUGAAAAGUGGUCUACAGUGAGAUCUGAAAUCAGCCUUUGCAAUAAUUCUGAUAGCUUUCUUUUGUACUAACAAAAUACUGUUUACUCUAUAAGAAUUUUCCCACAAAAGCAAACCAUAUGAGAAGAUACUUUGAAAUAAAGCGUGAUAUUCCAUUUGUAAAUGGUCUUUACAACUCGACUUAAUCUUUUUAAAACACGCUCUACAUGCACAUGCCAGGAUAACUUGGGAUCCAAAAAAUCCCAAGCAGCUUCACACUCUGAGUAAAACCAUAUUUCCUAUCAUUUGCCUUCAGUGUAAAUAAAAUACGCUGGAUCUUGUCAUGGUUUAAAUAAAACAAAUUUGCUCUGUACCAAACAUUAGCCUGCUCAAUUAAAUUAGGAACAGUUACAUCAGUUCUAGAAGUCAAAAGAGUGACAUCAUCCGCAAACAUUAUAGUUUUACAGUUAGUGUUUUUUUCAAGAUCAUUUAUCAUAACAAGAAACAAUAGUGGACCCAAUACCGACUCCUGUGGUACACUAAAGGGUACCUCAGCAUGAUCUGAGAAACCUCCUUUUGAGUAAACUUUUUGAAGCUGAUUGCUGAGUGAAAACUACAACAUGACCCAGAGUCCUGGAGGAUGCACUCAAAAUACAUUGAGACUUGUGCAGAUGCUUGUAAACCAACCUUUAUUCUGUGUCCUCUUUGGAGGAGUGGGGGAUGAUGCGGAAGGGAAGUUUUUGGAAUCAGAAGGAAACAAGUGUGGCUUAGACACAAGGUAUGCCAAACAUCGUGCCUAUCCAACAGGAAGAGUAGUUUCUUUAAUAAAUGGAGAGAAUAGGUCCCUGGUGGCCCACUUGGGAGCAGCAGAAAUAUAUACCACUGAAGAUUUCAUAACUGAUGACAACAUGGAAAUUAUGGAAAAAGUUUCUAUUGUUUACGUUGAAGGAUUUUUCAUCAGUCACAGUUUUGAAGUCAGCAUGGAAGUGGUGAAACAAUGUAAAAACUUUGGUGUGCCUGUUGUUUUCAACCUUAGUGGCUCUUAUCUUACUGAGAUAUGGCCUCAACAAAUGAUUGCAAUGGCAACUGCCUCAGACAUUGUAAUUGGAAAUGUUGCAGAGUUUAAAGGAUUAGCGAACAUCAUGGGUUUAGAAGAAUCUUCAGUCGAAGAUACAGCUUUAAAAGUGCAUUCUUCCUUGUGGGGAACGACUUUGACCGUUAAGUGUAAAUCGAAUCAUUUGGAACGUUUUGGGAAGACUGUGGUGUUGACUAGAGGCAAACAUUCAGUACUUUGUGUCUGUGGUGAUCGGGAAUUGAUUAAAUUUGUAGUUCCACAUUUAGAUGCAAACCUAAUAAAAGACACUACUGGUGCAGGCGAUGCUUUUGCUGCUGGUUUUUUGGUGGCUUUCUUGCAAAACAAAACUGCUACAGAGUGCAUUGCUUAUGGUUGUCAAAUUGCACAACAGAUUAUACAAAAUAUUGGUGUUGUUUUGAAGAAAAAUAUUUUAUGAUAUACUUACGAAUAUUAGAACUGAAUUUCAUGAUAGUUUUAUAUGAUAUGGUAAAUUUGGUGUAGUAUAAUUAUAAUGCAAUAGGUUAACAUAAUUCAUUUUGAAGUAGUUACUAGAGCUAAACAUGUAACCUUGUGUAAUUCAAUAUUGUAUGACAAAAUAAUAAAUAAACUAAAUUAUUAUUGGCUAUGCGAAUUAAAACAAGAUACAUUUUAAACUUUUUUAGUGUUAUAAUUUGUUAUUUUGCAUCUCAUGGUGCUCUUCUUUAUUUUUAAAUAUGAUAAUUCAAGUGCAAUAGAAUAUAUAGCCUAUUUACUUAUUUUACGAAAAGAGAAAAUAACUGUAAAUGUGAUAUAAAUCCUAUAAGUGCAUAAAAUGUGAUAUUGUUUGUCUUUGUUAGCUAUUAAAAUAUUGUUAGCUUAUAAAAUGA